AUGCCAAGAUUUACAGACAGAGAACUGACUGACAUGCAUUUUGUGUAUGGGUUUUGCAAUGGCAGUUCACUGGCAGCCGUAAGAGAAUAUCAAAGAAGAUUUCCCAAUCGCAUAGUACAUGUAUGUCGAAUGUUUACUGAUAUUCACCGGUAUUUGUCAAACCAUGGAAGUUUUCAGCAAAUGCAGGGCUCAGGAAGGCCACUGGGGAAUCAUCGGAUGGAUAAUGCUUUAAAUAUGUUUGGAAAUAAUAUACUGCGAUCAAUAGUUUACACAUUGUCAUAA